CCCAGUUUUUAUUAGAAUGUUAGCAGUUCAAGUGAAGAACAUGAAAUGGUUCAAAGGUCAGCGGCAAACUGCCAAAGGUGAAACCAAAAAACUGAAAAAUAAUGUACAUUUCAGAGUUGUGUAAAAAGGCCUUAUUCAGGCAACAAGUGAUUAAGGGUCAACAACUUUCUGAACUAUAUUUGAUUUAUAUUGAAGAACGAAUGCCACGCGGGUGUGUUCGGCUGAUACAUCAAACAUUUAGAUUACAUUUAGUUAAGCAAAACCAUUCCUUGAGUAUUAUGUUUAUCUCCAAUUGAUUAUGUGGAUUCUAUGCUUUCAUUUCAGAGUACAUUGAGAAAUUAAACUGUACAUUUCAAUAAAAUAAUGGAGAAAUAGAGAUGUUGUCACACUUGUGACGGUCGUGUGCAGACACGUCUCUCUCCGUGUCGCCGCGCCAGACACUUGACAGACACACAAAUAGAACCCUCCGCUGCGGGGGAAAGGUCACCGGCAUGGCUCCCACGGAUCAGGUGGCGACGCGGGGAAAGUGGGCCACCGCGAGGCGGCUCGAGUCCUGAGCCGACCACGAGCAGCCGCGGCCGGCAUGGCGAGCGAGAGGGACGCGGGGGAGCAGGACUGCGCGGCGGAGGGAUACUACGACGACGACGAGGACGACCUGGAGGCGUUUUCAGACGCCGAGCCGGGCUGUGAGGACGGAGUGUUGGGCUUCAGCGACCCUCUGAACGGAGAGGUCAAACCUCGCAUCCUGCUGAUGGGCCUGAGGAGGAGAAGUCCUCCAUCCAGAAGGUGGUUUUCCAUAAGAUGUCGCCCAACGAGACCCUGUUCCUGGAGAGCACCAACAAGAUCUGCAGAGAGGACGUGUCCAGCAGCUCCUUCGUCAGCUUCCAGAUCUGGGACUUCCCCGGCCAGAUCGACUUCUUCGACCCCACCUUCGACUACGAGAUGAUCUUCAGGGGCACCGGAGCGCUGAUCUUCGUCAUCGACUCUCAGACGUCCAGCAGCUGUUGGUGGUUAAAGAAGAGGUUCCUUUUGAGCAGCAGGUCUGGAGCUCCAGUCUGGACCAGGUGCAUCCAGAGCCCCCGCUAGUUAAAGAGGAACAGGCAGACCAGGAGAACCCUGAGCCCCCCUACAUUAAAGAGGACCAGGAGAACCCUGAGCCCCCCCACAUUAAAGAGGAACAGGAGGACCAAGAGAACUCAGUGCCCCCCCACAUUAAAGAGGAACAGGAGGACCAAGAGAACUCAGAGCCCCCCCACAUUAAAGAGGAACAGGAGGAC